ACAGAUUGGAUGCGCCCUUCGUUCGCCAUGAGUCAGCAGGACUCGUCUAGAAUGCAGUGCAGAGCAAGGCUGCUGGGCUUGACACCAGAGGAUUCUCCCCCUUCCUCCCCCCGCGGGCAUUGAACUCUGCUUCGGAACAAGAAAAAAGGCUGUUUGUCCCUUUUCUUUAACCCCUUCCCUCGUGGAUCUCUUUUCUCUGCCGCAAUCGCCUCUGCUUUCGCAAAGCUCUGCGGCGCCCUCUCCCCCUCCCCAUCGGGAAAUCCUAGGGCGAGGUGUUUCGUUAGGCAGGGAGCUUUCUUCUUGGGCAAGUCCUCUUGCCGGGGGGAGAACCCCAGACUAUGUAUAGGAGCCCCUGAAGCCCUCCUUCGUUCCCUUCUGCUGUGCCAACCACCCUUGCCGCAGCAUGGACCUGUCUCGGCUUUGGUACUUGGCGGCCGUCUUUUGCCUGACCUGGGUGCUGCUCAAAGCUCUCCAGCUCCACCGACGACGGCAGGACCUCCUGAAAAGCCUGAGCAGCUUCCCCGGACCCCCCGCCCACUGGCUGUAUGGCCAUAUCUUUGAGCUUUUACCCUUUUCCAUAGUGUUCAAGAAGACAAAAGAAUGGAUGCUUCUAUAUCCAUAUGCCUAUCCAUUGUGGUUUGGAAGGUACUUUGCCAAUUUAACAAUCACUCAUCCUGACUACGCAAAAACAUUACUUGCUAGAGCAGAUCCAAAGGACAAUUUAACUUAUCGAAACAUGAUCCCAUGGAUUGGAGAAGGCUUGCUGGUCUUACACGGACCAAAGUGGGCACAGCAUCGAAAACUGCUUACUCCAGGUUUCCACUAUAACAUUUUAAAGCCCUAUGUGAAACUAAUGGCAGAGUCUACCAAAGUGAUGUUGGAUAAAUGGGAACAGUUGAUCACACAGCAGAAAUCGGUAGAGCUCUUUGAACAUGUGAGCUUGAUGACGCUUGACAGUAUCAUGAAAUGUGCCUUCAGUUAUAACACCAAUUGUCAACUGGACAGGGAGAACUCCUAUGUAAAAGCAGUCUUUGAACUUUGCUCCUUGGUAUUUGGGAGAUUAUUCACCAUCUUGGGCCACCAUGAUAUGACGUACUGGUUCACUCCGCAGGCAUAUCGAUUUCGGAAAGCAUGCAAGGUUGCUCAUCUUCAUACAGAAAAAAUCAUUAAGGAGAGAAAGGAAUUACUGGGGGAUGAAGAAGAACUCCAAAAGAUCCAGCAGAAGAGAUACUUGGAUUUUUUGGAUAUCAUUCUCUGUGCCAAAGAUGAAAAUGGGAUUGGACUAUCUGAUGAAGAUGUACGUGCAGAAGUGGACACUUUCAUGUUUGAAGGUCAUGAUACCACAGCAAGUGGGAUUUCCUGGAUGCUUUAUUGCCUUGCAAUGAACCCAGAACAUCAGGAGAGAUGUAGGGAGGAGGUAAAGUCCAUUCUGGGAGACCGUGGCACAAUUGAAUGGGAUGAUCUUAGCAAGAUGACCUAUUGCACCAUGUGCAUUAAAGAGAGCCUCCGCAUUUAUUCCCCAGUACCAGGAGUGUCCCGAGAGCUCGCCAAACCUAUCACAUUUUUUGAUGGAAGGACCUUGCCUGAAGGAACUGUGAUCACAAUAGGUAUUCAACUCAUCCACAAGAACCCCAGUGUUUGGAAAGAUCCAGAGGUAUUUGAUCCCCAGAGGUUUACACCUGAGAAUGUAUCCAGCAGAAAUCCCCAUGCCUUCCUGCCAUUCUCUGCUGGACCAAGAAACUGCAUUGGACAGCAGUUUGCCAUGAAUGAAAUGAAAAUAGCUCUGGCCAUGACUUUACUUCGGUUUGAAAUUUCACCUGAUGCUUUGAAGCCCCCACCUGUUCCCAUCCCUCAAAUUAUCACGCGUUCUGAGAAUGGGAUAUACCUUUGCUUGAAAAAAAUCAUGUGAACUACAACAACUACAGAAGAAAUAGUACAGGACAGGAGAAGGGCGGGUGUAAUGGAGAAUGGGGCAAGACUGCAUUGAUUGAACAGAUUCUUUAUUAAAAUAAUUUGAGAAUAAAUCUUUAAUAAUGAGAUA